CCCACCUCUGCCAGGCCUGAGCUCUCCGGAUCGGGUGGCCCCGGUUUCCCAGGCAGGGCAGGCUUGGGACCAUGGCUGGGCUGGGCCCGGGAGGUGGGGAGGUGGAGGGCGGCCCCCGGCCCCUGUUUUGCAGGAAGGGGGCUCUGCGCCAGAAGGUCGUGCAUGAGGUGAAGAGUCACAAAUUCACGGCCCGCUUUUUCAAGCAGCCCACCUUCUGCAGCCACUGUACGGACUUCAUCUGGGGGAUCGGCAAACAGGGCCUUCAGUGUCAAGUCUGCAGCUUCGUGGUUCACCGACGAUGCCACGAAUUCGUGACCUUCGAGUGUCCGGGCGCGGGGAAGGGGCCGCAGACAGACGACCCCCGCAACAAGCACAAGUUCCGCCUGCACAGCUACAGCAGCCCGACCUUCUGCGACCACUGCGGCUCCCUGCUCUACGGGCUGGUGCAUCAGGGCAUGAAGUGCGCCUCCCACCCUGGUCCGUGCCGCAGCUCCCUGAAGCCCGGGGAUGUGGAGCGCCGCCUGAGCAUCGAGGUCUGGGACUGGGACAGGACGUCUCGUAACGACUUCAUGGGAGCCAUGUCCUUUGGCGUCUCGGAGCUGCUCAAGGCCUCUGUGGACGGCUGGUACAAGUUACUGAACCAGGAGGAGGGUGAAUAUUACAAUGUCCCAGUGGCCGACGCUGACAACUGCGGCCUUCUGCCCAAGUUUGAGGCCUGUAACUAUCCCCUGGAGCUGUAUGAGCGGGUGCGCCUGGGCCCUUCUCCCUCCCCCUCUCCCUCCCCCAGCCCCACGGACUCCAAGCGCUGCUUCUUCGGCUCGGGCUCGGGCUCGGGCCGCCUGCACAUCUCCGACUUCACCUUCCUCAUGGUGCUUGGAAAGGGCAGUUUUGGCAAGGUGAUGCUCGCGGAGCGUCGGGGUUCCGAGGAGCUGUUCGCCAUUAAGAUCCUGAAGAAGGACGUGAUCGUGCAGGACGACGACGUGGACUGCACGCUGGUGGAGAAGCGCGUGCUGGCCCUGGGGGGCCGCGGGCUGGGCGGCCGGCCGCACUUUCUCACGCAGCUGCACUCCACUUUUCAGACCCCCGACCGACUGUACUUUGUGAUGGAGUACGUGACGGGCGGGGACCUCAUGUACCACAUCCAGCAGCUGGGCAAGUUCAAGGAACCGCACGCCGCGUUCUACGCGGCCGAAAUUGCCAUCGGCCUCUUCUUCCUCCACAACCAGGGCAUCAUCUACAGGGACCUGAAGCUGGACAACGUGAUGCUGGACGCGGAAGGACACAUCAAGAUCACGGACUUCGGCAUGUGCAAGGAGAACAUCUUCCCGGGGACCACGACUCGGACCUUCUGCGGGACCCCGGACUACAUAGCUCCCGAGAUUAUCGCCUACCAGCCCUACGGAAAGUCGGUGGACUGGUGGUCCUUCGGGGUGCUGCUCUAUGAGAUGCUGGCGGGGCAGCCUCCGUUUGACGGGGAGGACGAGGAAGAGCUGUUUCAGGCCAUCAUGGAGCAGACGGUGACCUACCCGAAGGCGCUGUCGCGGGAGGCCGUAGCCGUGUGCAAGGGGUUUCUCACUAAACACCCAGGAAAGCGUCUGGGCUCGGGGCCCGAGGGCGAGGUUGCCAUCCGGGGCCAUGGCUUCUUCCGCUGGAUUGACUGGGAGCGCCUAGAGAGGCUGGAGAUCGCUCCGCCCUUCAGGCCACGACCAUGUGGUCGGAGCGGUGAGAAUUUUGACAAGUUCUUCACCCGCGCGGCCCCGGCACUGACGCCCCCCGAUCGCCUGGUCCUGGCCAGCAUCGACCAAGCCGAUUUUCAGGGGUUCACCUAUGUCAACCCUGACUUUGUGCAUCCCGAUGCCCGCGAGCUGCCCAGUCCCGGGGCCGGGGCCAGCCCCGUGCCUGUGCUUUGAGCGCUCUGCUGCUUCGCCCUCUCCUCGGACGGGCUCGGCUGGGGGGGGGGGUUCUCGGAUCUGUUUGUUCUCUCCCCCCUUCCCCCACCUGGGACUGGCAUCCUGCAUACGCUGCCCUCAUUCUAAUCUCCCUUAUCCUGCCCCAGCUUCCUAAUUCGAAUCCCCCCCAAUGAUCUAGGUCCCUACCCCCGGCCUAACCCCUGGCCCAUCACCCUCCUAGUCCCUCGUCCUGAGCCUACCUUCAAUUUGAAGUCCUGUGGGAGGCUGUGCCCCCACACCUGGGACCCCAGGGGAGAACGGAGACGGCCCCCAGCCGGGGCCCAGCAUCCAGAUCUGCCCAGUCCCCCCUGCCCCCAUCUGGUGUUCUCCGCCAGCUAGUAUUCUAGAGCUUCCCGCCCCCACCACUGCCAACCCCUUCCCUGCUGCCUGUGUGAUUCAAGUCUCAGCUUCAUGGAGCCCUGGAUCCACCUUUCUGGCCCCCUGGGGCCUCUCAGUCAGGCUCCCCCAUCUGUCCCCACCCCCAUCCCUCAGGGCUGGGAAAUAAAGUUGGGGUUUUGAUGCUGGC